GUGCUGUGCUUUCCGCGACAGCAUUGCCUUACAAUCUAAAUUUGAGGAUUGCAAAUGUUUACACAGAUGCAUCAUAAGAGAGGGCAGGCUCAGGAAGGACUGAAAACGGGAUGGAUAGGUAGAGACCCCCCUACACCAGCACCUCCAGCUACCACCCACCCACCUGGCCUCUGGUGAAGCAGGUGUUCUGUCCAUAUCUUCAGGUGCUGCAAAGAGCAAAUUCUCAGUGGAGACCGGACUCCCACAGACAGCAGGUGUCCUGAAGGGGGGAAAACAAAUCAGUCCCACUCCUGCGCUCAGUUCAUCAUGUUGGCUGCUGGACGAUGCUGCGCUCCGCCGUGCUGUCGCUGCUGCCCUCGUACGGGACGCGCCUGUCCCUGCCGCUGCAUCUGAGCACGCUGCGCGAGGAGGAAGAGGAGCGGGAGGAGGGGGAGGAGGGAGACUCCGCCGGCGUCACCACUGUCCCUGUCGCCACCACCACCACCACCACCACCCUCGCCGACAGCGUCGCUCCAGCUGCCUUUGCCUUUGCCUCUGCCGCCAGCCAGGCUGCUCCCAGCCUCACCCCUGCCCCAGACCCUGCCCCAGACCCUGCCCCAGACCCUGCCCCUGCCCCAGCCAGCCCUGGGUCCUGCUCUGCACCCAGCUCCUACUCCGCACCGGUGGACCCCAUCACUGCCGUGGGGGCGCGGGCGCGGGCGAGCCCCAUGCGCGGCUCCCGGAGGGGCUACUUGCUGGAGGGAGUCAGGGGUGGCGGGGGUGGCGGCGGCGGCGGUUGUGUGGAGGAGUUAGGGGGACCGCCGGCCGGCAGCGGGCGUAACUCUCCCGACUGGUUGUACGAGUCGUACUACCGCAUGAGCCAGCAGCACCCACUCAUCGUGUUCCUUCUCCUCAUCGUCAUGGGAGCAUGCGUGGCGUUCAUUGCCGUCUUCUUCGCCUCCGGACUGGACAUGCAGGACCACGUCGCCUUUAUCAUCACAGUGCCCACCACGCUGGCCAUCUUCUUGACCAUCUUCGUCCUCGUCUGUAUCGAGUCGGUCUUCAAAAAACUCCUGCGCCUCUUCUCCUUGCUUAUCUGGGGCUGCCUCGUCGCCAUGGGUUACCUCUUCAUGUUCUUUGGCGGGAUCAUCUGUCCUUGGGACCAGGUGUCUUUCUUCCUGUUCAUUGUGUUUGUGGCAUACACCAUGCUGCCCUUCUCCAUGCGGGAAGCGGUCAUCGCCAGCGUGCUGACCUCCACCUCCCACACGCUGGUGCUCAGCGUCUGCCUCUCCUCGGCCACAGACAACCUGGAGCCGCUCGUCUGGCAGAUCCUGGCCAACAUCAUCAUCUUCAUCUGCGGGAACCUGGCGGGAGCCUACCACAAACACCUGAUGGACCUGGCCCUGCGGCAGACCUACCAGGACACCUGCAACUGCAUCAAGUCCCCCAUCAAGCUGGAGUUUGAGAAGCAUCAGCAGGAGCGUCUGUUGCUGUCCUUGCUCCCUGCCCACAUUGCCAGGGUGAUGAAGGCGGAGAUUAUCCAGAGGCUUAAAGGUCCUAACUUUGGCCAGGCGGAGAACACUAACAAUUUCCACAAUCUCUAUGUGCAGAGACACACCAAUGUCAGCAUUUUGUAUGCGGAUAUAGUUGGCUUCACGCGUCUCGCCAGCGACUGUUCCCCUGGAGAACUCGUUCACAUGCUCAACGAGCUCUUCGGCAAGUUUGACCAGAUUGCAAAGGAGAAUGACUGCAUGCGGAUUAAGAUCCUGGGGGACUGUUACUACUGUGUGUCGGGCCUGCCGGAGUCUCUUCCCCACCACGCCAACAACUGCGUGAAGAUGGGUCUGGAGAUGUGUGAGGCCAUCAAGAAGGUGAGGGACGCCACUGGAGUGGACAUCAACAUGCGUGUCGGGGUGCAUUCUGGGAAUGUCCUGUGCGGCGUCAUCGGCCUCCAGAAGUGGCAGUACGACGUGUGGUCACAUGACGUGACGCUGGCCAAUCACAUGGAGGCUGGAGGUGUGCCAGGUCGGGUUCACAUCUCCUCGGUUACCCUGGAGCACCUGAAUGGAGCUUACAAAGUGGAGGAGGGCAACGGGCAGCACCGAGACCCAUACCUGAAAGAACAUGGAGUCGUUACAUUCCUGGUUAUCAACCCUAAGGUGGAGAGGAGGAGUCCCCAGCUGCACUGCCGGCCUCGGCACACGGACGGGGCGAAGAUGAGGGCGUCGGUGCGCAUGACACGCUACCUGGAGUCCUGGGGGGCGGCCAAGCCAUUCGCCAACCUGCACCACCGCGACAGCAUGACCAACGAGAACGGCAAGAUCAACACCCAUGUUUUGUUUACCACUACUUUUUCAUUAAGCUCUGAGUCUGGUGUAACGACUUUCCCUCUCCUUAAGGAUGUGCCUGUGGGCCAGUAUCAGUUCCAGAGGAGAUCGGAGAGGACUAAAUCGCAGAAGAAGUGGUUUGAAGAGGAGCUGAAUGAGAGGAUGAUCCGCACCAUUGACGGAAUCAACUCUCAGAAACAGUGGCUCAAGUCAGAAGAUAUCCAAAGAAUCUCAUUGUUCUUUCACAACAAGGCACUGGAAAACGAGUACAGGGCAACAACUCUGCCUGCCUUCAAGUAUUAUGUGACCUGUGCCUGUCUUAUCUUCUUCUGCAUCUUCAUUGUUCAGAUACUAGUCUUACCAAAAACUGCUGUGCUGGGCGUCUCGUUUGGACUGUCCUUCCUGCUCCUGGCUUUGAUCCUGAUCAUCUGCUUCGCUGGCCACAUCCUGCAAUGGGGAAAAGCAGCCUCGUGCUCUCUACCCUGGCUUCCGAGCUCCUCUAGGAUCAUUGCCAACAAUCCUUGGAUACGACUUGUCCUCACCAUGACAACCACCGCCCUCAUCCUGGUCAUGGCUGUGUUCAACAUGUUUUUUCUAGAGGAGGUGAGGACAGUGGUUGUCCCUGGUUUGAACAUGUCCAACGAGACCAUGGUCAGCUCCUCAGGCUAUGUUGUACAGUUUGUUGAAGAGGACAAGUUCUAUCUGCCCUAUUUCAUCUACAGCUGCAUCUUGGGCCUGGUGUCCUGCUCGGUGUUCCUGCGCAUUAACUACGAGCUGAAGAUGCUUAUCAUGCUGGCGGCGGUGGUGGGCUACAACGUCGUCAUCCUCCAGACCUACGCAGCCGUGUUGGACGACUACAGCACCGCACUGUACCGCACACAGCCUCUGGAGAGGCCAGGGGUGCUGAAGGACCUGAAGACCAUGGGCUCGGUGUCUUUGUUUAUCUUCUUCAUCACCCUCCUUGUUCUGGCCCGACAGAAUGAAUAUUACUGUAGGUUAGACUUCGUCUGGAAAAACAAGUUCAAGAAGGAGUGCGAGGAGAUCGAGACCAUGGAGAACCUCAACCGUGUCCUCCUGGAAAACGUUCUACCUGCCCACGUUGCUGAGCACUUCUUGGCGAGAAACUGGAAAAAUGAGGACCUGUACCACCAGUCCUAUGACCUGGUGUGUGUGAUGUUCGCUUCAAUCCCAGACUUCAAGGAGUUCUACACGGAGUCGGACGUCAACAAGGAAGGACUGGAGUGUCUCAGACUCCUCAAUGAGAUCAUUGCCGACUUUGACGAGGUGCUUACGACGGCCUCGCUUCUGUCUAAACCAAAGUUCAGUGGUGUGGAGAAGAUCAAGACCAUUGGUAGCACAUACAUGGCUGCCACAGGACUAAAUAUCGCACCAGGACCAGACUGUACACAGGAUGACAGACAGUACAUGCACAUCGGCACCAUGGUGGAGUUUGCCUUUGCGUUGGUGGGGAAACUCGACGUCAUCAAUAGGCAUUCCUUCAAUGACUUUAAAUUAAGAGUGGGGAUAAACCAUGGCCCUGUGAUAGCGGGGGUGAUCGGAGCACAAAAGCCCCAGUAUGACAUCUGGGGUAACAGUGUGAACGUGGCCAGUAGAAUGGAGACCACAGGAGUGCUGGGGAAAAUACAGGUUACGGAGGAGACGAGUCGAAUCCUACAGACCCUGGGCUACGUUUGUUCUUGCCGAGGCAUCAUCAAUGUCAAAGGGAAGGGGGAGCUGGAGACUUACUUUGUUCACACUGAGUUGACCAGGUCCCUGUCCCAAGGGACUGUGAUGCCUUGAACUUUCACACAAACCAGACACACUUCCACCCACCCACACACACACACACACCAUAUAGCAUAGAUACACUGUGCUGCGAAGUGCUUAGACAUACAUAUAAAUACCCAUACACACACAAAUAUAUAAAUAUAUACAUAUACCUGUGAAUACGUUUGCAUGGUCUCAGUCAUUCAGAGAAGCGGAUAGAUGUCAUGAGUGUUUGCGCUGUCCAGUCUCUUUGUGUUUUAGCCAGGCCACUGUGUGUGCAGCCAAGACAAGUUUUAAAAUAAGGAGUUUUUGUAAGAACAUGAGAAUACAAAAAAAUACCAGAGUGUUGCCAUGUUGGACACCACCAUUUUCUUAUUCAUUAAAGACUUUGUAUAUACUCA